ACUACUUACACUCAGUAUAAAAAGCUGAAAACAUUGGAAAAUUAAAUAAGACGACUGGAGACAGUCUAAGGGAAAACUAUUCUAAACAAUUUAAGCAAAAUGUUCAUUAAAAUUGCCUUAAGCGUGCUGUUGUGCAGCAUUGCUUUGGCCGCUGCCGAUACCUAUGAGGGUUACAAGAUCUACGAUAUCAAUGCCAAGAAUGCUUUCGAAAAGGAAGUACUCUAUCAAUUGUCUAGCAAUACUGAAUAUGAUUUCUUUGCCUUGCCAAAGACUUUGGGUGAAGCAGCCCGUGUCAUGGUACAACCAGAAGAUCAAGUUGAAUUUGAAAAUACUUUAAACAAAUUCACCAUUGACUUUACUGUGGUUGAUGAAAAUGUUGGCCAAACUGCCGAUUUGGAACGUGCCCAAAAUAGUUUCUUGCGCACCGUUUUGGAUACUUCCUCACGCGUUAGUUUCGCCAGUUUCCAACGUUAUGAUGACAUUCUUAGAUACUUGGAUGAAUUGGCUCAAAGCUAUCCCAGCCGUGUUACCGUCAAGACUAUUGGCAAAACCUAUGAACAACGUGAUUUGAAAGCCAUAACCAUUAGCAAUGGUGACGGCAAGAGCAACAAAAAGGUUAUUCUCCUCGAUGCUGGUAUUCAUGCUCGUGAAUGGAUUGCUCCUGCUGGUGCCUUGUAUGUUAUUCAUCAAUUGGUUGAGAACUUCUCGGCCAACAGCAAUUUGUUAAAGGAUUACGAUUGGGUUAUUGUACCUGUAGCCAAUCCUGAUGGUUAUGAAUAUACUCACACCAACUCUCGUAUGUGGCGUAAGACCCGCAAGCCAGCCAGCACUAAUUGUUAUGGUACUGAUGGCAACCGCAACUUUGAUUUCCAUUGGGGUGAGGUUGGUGCCUCCAGUCUUUCCUGCUCGGAUACUUUCAAGGGUCCAACUGCUUUCUCUGAGUCCGAAACUAAAGUUCUACGUGAUUUGAUGCGUUCUUUGACCGGUCGUGCUAAGAUGUACUUGACUUUGCACUCUUAUGGCAACUACUUGUUGUAUCCUUGGGGUUAUACUUCAGCUCUUCCCGACACCUGGAAGGAUAUUGAUGAGGUUGCCCAAGCUGGUGCUGCUGCUAUUAAAUCAGCCACUGGCACCAAAUACACUGUUGGUUCUUCCACCAAUGUUUUGUAUGCUGCUGCUGGAGGUAGUGAUGACUAUGCCUUUGCUGUUGCCAAAAUUCCAGUGGCCAUUACCAUGGAAUUACCUGCUGGCGGCAGUGGUUUUGAUCCUAAACCAGCACAAAUUGAACCUUUCGUUUCGGAAACUUGGAUUGGCAUUAAGGCUAUGGCUGAGAAAAUUAUUUCCAAAUAUUAAAUUUUGUAUAAACUUAUUGGAAUGAAUAAAACUGAGAUUAUUUAAUUAACGAAA